ACCUUUUCGUUUUCCCGCCCCCCGCCUUUUCCCCGCCCGAUUCUUCAUUUUCUACGACCGUCUCUCUCUAUCUCUCUGGUGUUCUUGAAACCCAAACCACUGUCAACAGGUACACGCACUAAAAUCUUUCACAGAAACCCAGAGCUUGUGUACUCUCAAUCGCCACGACUCGAAAUCUCUCAAAAAUUCAUCGGUUUCGGAGGAAAACCCAGGUUUUAUCUUGUCCAGAUUAUCGUUCUCCCUUUUAAAUUUCCGGUUUUCUUUCCUAUUCAAACACAUAAUUAUAUCUCUGAGGUGCGUUGCCGAAGAUUUCGUGCGUGUUCUCCGGUUGGUUGCUCUGAGAACUUUUGAGAAAUUAAAAAUGGGUUUAUGUGUCGUCGUUGGGGAUGAGGAGGAAUAUUAAAGAUUUUGGAGCUUACGCUUCACGAAUUUUUUGAAGGCUGGCCUUAAGAUCAUUGGGGAUGAAGAGAAGUACUAGGGUUUUCGGGGGUAGGGUUUUAAGAUCAGGAAGACGAUUGUUUGCUACUAGAUGCGAGGAAGAAGUGAAGCGAGCGAGACUAUCGCCUGUUGCUGUUUUAGAUAUCCAAGAAAACAGGGGCGAGCUUCUGGAUCAUGGUGGUGAACGUGGGCUGCAUAAUUUGGAUAGAGAAGAUGGAAACGUGGAUGGAUCUAACAUGGCAAUGGAAAUUGAUGACGAAGAACAAGAAAGAAAAAUCAAGUUGGGCGAAUACAAGAAACUGAAUGGAAAUGGAACCCAUGAAGAAGAAAUCAAAAUCAAAUUGGGGGAAUUCCAGAAAGUGAAUGGUGAAGAGCAACAAGAGAUCAAAUUAGGGAAAUUCAAAAAUAUGAGCUUGGUCGAUGAUAAUGGCAGUGAUAAUGUGAGUUGUAGCAAGCAAUUUGGAGCUGUUUAUACUAGAAAACGAAAGAGGACAUUACGAAGAGACUCGAGUAUACAAUGCAGUAGUUUUGAGCAAAAGUGUGGUUCAGAUGACAGGUAUGCAAAGAAGUACUUUAAGAAGGUUAGAACUAGUUUCCGAACCGAUUGUUGCGAUUCGAAGUUUGGUUUUGAUGGGGAAGAUGUUUCAUUGAAACAGUCAGUUGUUUCAUUCAGCCAUUGUAGUUAUGGAAGUGGUGAUAGCAUUAGCAACAUUCAACAGUUUCCUUGUUUCAUGAGCUCAAAUGGCAUCCGGUGUCUGCAGGAUUCUAGUUGCAUUAUAGGCCAUGGAUAUUGUAAAGUAUAUGGCUCCAUUUUUUCUGCACCAUUCUUCACCGUGGACAUCAAUGCACUUCCAUUCUGCUUCUUGUAUAUGCACUCAACCUUAGCUCUAAUAUAUUCAUUCCUGUCCUACGCAUUCAUAAUGCAUUCAGUAGAUGAAAAGGUUAUGAAUGAUGAUGAUGAUGAUGACGACGAUGAUGUUAAAUUGCCACUAAUCGUCACUACGGAAAGGGACUGUGCUUUAGAUAAAUGUAUGAUCGUUAGAAAAGCUAGAUCUGCAAGGAAAACAGUGCCAAGGGUCGCGCUUUUCAAGAAAUGUUUCCGAAGAAACGUGUGGGCCCAUGUAGAAAAUAUAGUGCCAGUGCCUUGCGUGAGGGAAAUAGAAGGGUAUGAAGAAGAUGAGUACGUACCCUUUAUGCUACCUGAGACUUAUAUUUGUUCUAGAAGUGCCGAAGUUACUAGAUGUUUGGAGAAGAGUUAUCCGAUUUAUGAUAUGGAUUCUGAUGAUGAGCGGUGGUUAAAGGAGUUGAACAGUGAGCGUUUUGGGGAUAACGGGCCUGUCUCAGAAGAUAGUUUAGAGAAAAUAAUCGAUGCUUUUGAGAGAGGAAGCUAUUGUACUCCGUUUUAUUUCUCUGAUGUUGUAUCAGCUAUUGAUCGGUGUUCAAGCCUGGCAUCAAAGGAAACUCUAGAAGCUGUUUAUAGUUAUUGGAUGACUAAACGGAAGAAGAAACGAUCCUCUCUUAUUCAAGUUUUUCAGUGUUAUCCGUGUAAAAAAGUUAAACGACAUUCCACAAGCGCUGUUCUGCGUAAGAAACGUUCAUCCAGAAGACGGGCGAGCCAACGUUGUGUAGAAAAGCAACUUGAUUUCUUCAAAGCGGCAAUAUUGAAUGAUGAAAACAAGUUGGCAAAGGUGAUUGUGGAAGUGCAUGAAGCAGAGGAAGGUGCAAGGAGGGCAGAAGCAGCAGCCAUUGUUAAACGACAAGAAGCUCAGGCUGCUAUGGAGACUGCAGAUUUGGCAACUUACAGAGCAGCCAUGGCGCUUAAAAUAGCAGCAGCAGUAGCAGCAAAUGGUGGAUCAGUAGUAGAUUGUUUAUAGAUUUAGAGCUGAUUGUUGUAGAGCUAAUUGAUUUGCAUCAAUGGUAGACCUUACUCUGGGUUUGGUUUCUGCUAAAAUGUGAAAAGGGAAAUAAGACGCAGGUUUUUUUUGGUGAUGGUGGUCAAUAGUUUGGCGUUUGAUGAAAUGCAUUACACAUAUAAUA